UGCAAGUUUAGAAGGGAAGGAAGUAGCUGGAGGAGCUGGGAGAGUUUGCAGGCAGUUGUACGUCCUUUAUCAUGUAGCUACGUUAAGUACCGAUUUUGUUCACUUGCCGUUUUGUUUACCCUUUUUUAUUUUAUUAUUUUAAUAUAGCGUUUGUCCUUCUGACACUGUAAAUUGUUUAGUUUUUUUGUUGUUGCUUGAGUGUUGUGUUAUUCCUCGAACUCGAUAAUCACUGUCACGGUACUCGCCGUGGUGCGUUGGAUAUGUCGAGAUGGGAGAAACUGUGAUUUCAAGUUUGAAAUAACAACAGUGGCUAACAAGACCGGCCAGUUAGCUGCUGAGGUUCUCUUCGGAAGCAAAGUGUUACUCUGGGCAGAAAUACAGAGGGACGUAUGUAACAAAGGAGGGAAGAUUUCACAACGCUGUGACUAUGGGUUGCAUCAAGAGCAAAGAGGGCAAAGGCCCCGCCAUGAAGUACAGGCCCGAGAACGCCGCGGCAGACUCGGUCAGCGCGCACGUGGGACACUACGGCCCCGACCCCACGCAGCUCAACCAGUCCCCCACGCCCAAGGGCCCGGCCAACAGCUACAACAGCCAUUCCAUCACCCCCUUCGGAGGCUCGUCCAUCAUGACCCCCUUCGGAGGGGCCUCCUCCUCCUUCUCCGCCGCCGUUUCCAGCCCCUUCCCCGGAGGCGUGACGGGUGGGGUUACGUUUUUUGUGGCCUUAUACGACUAUGAAGCCAGAACAUCAGAUGACCUGUCAUUCAAGAAGGGGGAUAGGUUCCAGAUCAUCAACAACACGGAGGGUGACUGGUGGGAAGCCAGGUCCAUUAACACGGGGAAGAAAGGAUACAUUCCAAGUAAUUACGUGGCUCCUGCGGACUCCAUCCAGGCCGAGGAGUGGUACUUUGGCAAAAUGGGACGCAAAGAUGCAGAGCGGCUACUCUUGAACCCAGGAAACCAGCGGGGAACAUUCUUGGUGCGAGAAAGCGAAACUACUAAAGGAGCGUUCUCUCUCUCCAUACGGGACUGGGACGAUGCUAAGGGAGACAAUGUGAAACACUACAAAAUCCGCAAACUUGACAACGGGGGCUACUACAUCACCACCCGGGCGCAGUUCGACACGCUACAGAAGCUGGUGAAACACUACACAGAGCACGCGGACGGCCUGUGCCACCGCCUCACCACGGUGUGCCCCACGGUGAAGCCCCAGACCCAGGGCCUGGCCAAGGACGCCUGGGAGAUCCCCCGCGACUCCCUGAGGCUGGAGGUGAAGCUGGGGCAGGGCUGCUUCGGAGAGGUGUGGAUGGGCACGUGGAACGGGACCACGAAGGUGGCCAUCAAGACGCUGAAGCCCGGAACCAUGUCCCCAGAGGCCUUCCUGCAGGAGGCCCAGAUCAUGAAGAAGCUCCGCCAUGACAAGCUGGUGCCGCUGUACGCUGUGGUGUCCGAGGAGCCCAUCUACAUCGUCACCGAGUACAUGGGCAAAGGAAGUUUAUUGGACUUCCUGAAGGAAGGAGAGGGAAAGUAUCUAAAGCUCCCUCAACUGGUUGACAUGGCUGCCCAGAUCGCUGACGGGAUGGCUUUCAUCGAGAGGAUGAACUACAUCCACAGAGACCUGCGCGCGGCCAACAUUCUCGUAGGGGAGAACCUGGUGUGCAAGAUCGCCGAUUUCGGCCUGGCCCGGCUGAUCGAGGAUAACGAGUACACUGCAAGACAAGGGGCCAAGUUCCCCAUCAAAUGGACGGCCCCCGAGGCCGCGCUGUACGGCCGCUUCACCAUCAAGUCGGACGUCUGGUCCUUCGGCAUCCUGCUGACCGAGCUGGUGACCAAGGGCCGAGUGCCCUAUCCAGGCAUGGUGAACCGGGAGGUCCUGGAGCAGGUGGAGCGGGGGUACCGGAUGCCCUGCCCACAGGGCUGCCCCGAAUCCCUGCACGAGAUGAUGAAGGUCUGCUGGAAAAAAGACCCGGACGAGAGGCCCACCUUCGAGUACAUCCAGUCCUUCCUGGAGGACUACUUCACCGCCACAGAGCCGCAGUACCAGCCGGGAGACAACCUAUAGAGCUCCAACAUGCUACGCUACGCUACGACCGCAACUCUGCUCUGCGCUACCUAUUUCAUCCACCAGAGGCGCUCUCACUCUGGGAGGAAACCAGUACAGGAGACGGUUUCAGGACUGAAAAUGAAUUUGGAGGGGAAAAAAAGAAGAAGCAAAGAGUAGCGUGCUGUUAGAAAAAGAAAAAAGCAAACUGGAAGAACGGUUCAGUUGCACAAACCACUGCUUUUUUCCUUCAUUUUUUAAAAAUCGUUUUUUGUUUUUUUCGUAAUUUUGUCCAUUUCAAACACUAAUCCUCAACAUGCCACAAAUGUUUAUUGCAGGUACUGAAGGUCUUUGUUGUAUAGACAUUUUCUUCAUUUCUUUUUCUCCUUAUGUGUAUCUGAUUCAAAUGUAAAUUUCAAGUGACCAAUUAUUCAGUGUAACCUUUCAGUCCUGUAGAAUCAUAAAAGCAUUGCAUUGUGCUGUAAACUUACCGGGCGAGGAGCCUGAAAAGAGAGCGUGGGCUUUCAAAUCAAGAGGGCACGGGAGUGGAACGCAGUGCUUGAUGAAAUCUGAGCUGAGAAUAUAUUUAGAGAAAUCAUGGAAAAUAAAAGAGUGAAUGCACUGCUUUCAGCACAUUUCAUCAGGGUUGCUGAAGGAGAAAUUUGUGUAUCGUUUUUCUACAUAGGUGAUUUGGAUAGUGAAGAUCUGUAGGUUUACUAAUUCCUUAUUUGUUGAUUUCUUUGUGUGAUUGUAAGAACUUGAAACAUUGUUGUGUUAGAAGAUCUUAAAAGAACAUGUUUAUCAUGAUGCUCCCCUGUCCUUAAAUAACUCAACAUUUCCGUAACAGUAUGAAAAUAUCAAUUUCAGGGCAAGUGCCAUAAAACUAGACAGCUGCUGAUUUAAAGUAACGGAAUAAUUCCUCUCAGAAUGUGUUAAAUCACAGAAGCCAGACUGAAAAAGUGCACGUGUCACCGUGACACCUGAAAAACGCCAUGCGGGGCCAACAAUGGCCAAACAGAAAAUGAGUAUUCAUUCAGUGUUGACAUGCUGGGACUAUACUUCAAAGAAAGUGCAUUGUUCUGGGACGUAUCAUAGCACUACAAAAGAACUGUGGACCAGGAUGCACAAGUUCCAAGUAUUUCAUUGUAAGCAUUAGAGCGGAGCCCACUGUGAACAUGCCCUUUUAGGCGCCACACUACGAGUAUGAGUAAAAAUAUCAGUGUAUUGUGAUUGAUCUUCCACCCAGUGAAAAAUGCCACUUUAUCUUAGUCUGGAAUUGCUGCCAAAGUACUACAUUUCAAGAUUGUUCACUGUGUUAAUCUUUUUUAAUGUUUUUAUUAUUAUUACCUUAUUUGGAAGUGGCGUCCCGGAUUUCAAGCAGUUUGUCUUCAGUCGUAGAUGUAACGCCGUUAUGCUCUGUACCAGUUUUUUUUUUUUUUUUUUUUUUUUUGUAAGUUGAUGAAAUACGUGUAUUUGAACCAGCCAGAUACAAGUGGUGAAUACAUUUUACUUAAGAUAAUUUUUCCUCUUUUUUAUUUUAAGGGUUGGUUACCUCUACAUCAAAGAUUGGAAUAAAGCAAUAUCAUUAUGCACAUGGUAGGCCUACACGUUUGUGUUCUGCUGGUUUCAUCCAAGACCUGUUCGGUUUCGUUUUUAUUUCGUUUCUUCGAUUUUAUUUGAAUGUAGAAGUAUUUGUAGUUCUGCUCUGUGGGACCCAUCCGUGAUCGUGUUUGAAACUGUGACAGUAACAGGACUCAUACCAAGUGUAGUAAAUAAUGCAGUAUGUAUGUACAACGAAACGGUCUCCUGGGCGCACCAGAUCGUUGUUCUCUGACCUCUUACCUACCACAGUUUUGAUGCUCAGUCCCGAACAAAACAAAACUGACCCUCGCAGUGCCAUCCUUUUUACAUCCUCCAUGCUCCUCUUUAUUUCGGUUGUGACAGAGGAUUUGAUAAAGGGCUUGUACAAAGUUUUGAAAACCUCUAAUUUUAUACAGAAAAGUUUAAAACGACGGCAUGAAAACACUGUUUUUUUCAAGGUUUAAAAACUGGAAAAGGAAGCUAAACGCGAAAGAAGGUUCUGGUACAAAAUGGGUUAGUUAUUUGAAUUUGUACAGAGUAAAAAUAAUAAAACAUUUCCCGCUUUUA